AUAUGAAAGCUGUGUUGGGCGUUUAUAGUCGGUUGGUUGUGACGCCGAUCAAAUAAAAUCUCGUGAAAAGGCUCGAGAGAAGGUUGAAGCGGGUCCGAUUGAGGGGAGCAGGUGGGCAAUGGAGUUGGAUCCGGAUAUGGUUCAGAUGAAACCGAGCAUCCCUGAAGGACAUAAGGGAAAUUGGAAGCGAAGUCUGAGGAGAAAAAUCUCAUCUUCUUCGUCUUCGGUUUCUCACAUCAAUAAUCUUGAUGAUGGCUGUCUUAUGCACAUCUUCAGCUUCCUCUCCCCUAUUCCUGAUCGCUAUAACACCGCCCUCGUUUGCCACAGAUGGAAUUACUUGGCAUGUCAUCCUCGCCUGUGGCUUCGAGUAGAUCGAUCGGCCAAAGACUUAUCUGAACCUGGUGUUUUCCCCAGCAUUGAAGCUGCUGUUUCUGCAGCUAGACCAGGGGAUACCAUUCUAGUUUCAGCUGGGGGGAGCCAUCGUGUCUCCAACAUUCAGAUAAAGAAACCACUGUGCCUUGUUGGUGCGGGCGAACUUCCAGAUGACACAAUGCUCCUUUGUUCUCGAGGUUCAGACAGUGCAUUGGAGUUCCUUUCCACAUGCAAACUAGCAAAUCUAACCGUGAAGACAGAGCUUGGUUGCUGCUUGCUCCAUAGAAGUGGAAGACUAACUAUAGAUGGAUGCAUACUUCAGUGUGAAUCUAAUCCUCUGGAUUACCUCUCAUGUCCCAUUGUGAGUACAGCCUGUAGCAGAGAGGUGAUUCCUUCAUCCAUGAAGAACAAUGGUGAUGGUGUUUUUGUUUCUCAAACUCAGAUCGAGGGAGGCGCGAAGGCUGUUCUGACUAGCGGGGAUCUUGCACUGCAACGAGUCAGAGUAAUUUAUGCUCGGACUUCUCUUCUUUUCUGGUUUGAUGUGGAGCACACAUGAUCUAAUUGUUCAUGAUCAUCAGCUCCUGUAUCAUCAUCAUCUGGCUUUGUUUAUUUAUUUUUAGUUGGCUGGGUAGCUGUCUGUAAUUUAUUUUUAGUUUAUGGCAGUUAGCAUUGUUUCAGGGGCCUUUUCUUUCCCCUGUUGUAUCUCUGUAGCAGAAAGAAUGAUGGGGUGCAAGAUAUAAACUUGUGUCAUUUUGUUCUCUCA